GAGAAAACCGUCGCGCGAGCCCUUCGACUGAACGGAAUGUCAUAAUAGUUGUCUAUCUUUUCAAGUGUCUUCAGUUGCUUCCGUGGACCUCUUGUUUUGGUGCGAGAGGAAGAACCAACCUUGUAUCUCUCCUUUUAAAACAAUGUCUUCAGAAACAAGUAGGCAAAGUUUCCUUCUGCAGCCAUCCUGAUCAUUCCCACCUUGUCACAGUUACAUCCAAAACCCAAGUUUGGUUCAUAAUUUCGAGAUGAAAGCAUCUGUGGCUCUAGGAAUAGUGCUUGCUCUGGACACUCCAAAGCGAAAGAAGAGGAACUGGUGUGCUGUUGGGAGACAGAGGACCAAAUGACUGCAGCAAAUAAAACAACUUUAGUGAGAAGAUAUUUUAAACAUAGAGGCCGUAGGGACUUUGCCUUGGAACAGAUGCAAGAACAGAAGAGUGCUCUGGGUAACCACUGAGAUCUGAUUGCUAAGUUUAGGUUCUAAACAUUAUUAUGCCACCAGUUAAAAUGAAAAACAAAUCAAAGAAAAAGUCAACUUUGCAAGCAAAAGUUAGCAAACACAAGAAACCUAAAAAGAAGGAGUUGACCACAUCCAAGAUCAAGAAGGUGAAAAAAGACCAUAAUGAAAAGAAAAAGAAGAAAUCAGAGUCAGAAGUCAAAAAGCAAAAGAAAAAAAAGAUAAAAUUUCCAUCCAAACCUGUGAAGGCAACAAAAGAAAGGAAGAAAGUUGUGAAAAAGAAGAACCCAAAGAGUCCUUCUAAGUCUGUGGCUAAAAAGCAAAAGAUGAAGUCUCCAGACCUGAAGGGCAAGAUAACCAUUAAUAAAAGGAAAAGACAGAACUCGGAAUCAGAAGUCCAAGUUAAAAUGAAAAAGAAAAGAAAAGUCAAUUCUUCACAAAUAACAAAGCCUAAACAGCCAGUAAAGAUGAAGAAGAAGAUGCCUCAAACAGAAACCAAAGAUUUAUCUAUGAAAAUGAACGGAAUGGAGACUACGAAUUAUGUGAAAUGUUUAUCUUGUAAUGUGCUGGUUCCUGAAAAAGAUUUUCAUUCCCAUUUGUUCUUUGGAAGAAUACAAUGUAGAUUUUGUCUAAAUCCAGUACGGAAAUGCACUGAUUUUGCCAACCAAAUACUGAAGCCCAACAGCUACUGCUCGAAAAGUCCAAUGAAGAUACAUGGUAUAUUGCAGUGGGAUUCUUGCCUACAUUAUGUAUUUCUUAGCAUGAAAAGUGAAAUAACCAUCAGAAAUUUCAGUAAAAUAAAGGUGGAGCCAAAUGAAUUUGAGAUCUGUUUGGAAAUCUCAAAAUACAUGAAAAGCUUGGAAUCUUUAGAACAAGUAGAUCCUUGGAAAUCAGCUUUUCAAGAGCUAAAGGCAUAUUGUGAAAUAGUUAUUAGACAAUUAAAUCCCCAAAAUUGUUGUAUUCUGGAACUUUUCACAGGGAAUGAAAGAAAAACUGAUAGCAAAUUCAUUGCUGGAAGUGAAUUAUGUAUUGAAAUUGAAACUAAAAACCCUGUUAGAAAUAUCAGUUUAGAGGCAAGUGGAGAUUUAGUAGCUCCGGAAAAGAAAGUUUUUUCACAACAGAGCCAGGGGACAGAAUGUGCCACAGUGAGUGAGUUGCAGUCAUCCCAUGUGUGUGGUAAUAUCACUGGAACUUCUGAUAUUAACAAUACAGAAUCAAAUGAAAUGAAGAAUAUUAAGCAGGAGGAAGAUCUUAUUAAAAGAAGGAAGCACCACCAAAGAUUAAAAAAACGAGAUCUGAAAAAAAUUGUAACGUUACCCAGGGAUGGUCGUUAUUUACUAGUUCAUUAUCCCAAGGAACAGUGUCCAGAAGAAUGCCCAGAAUGUUAUUCUGGCUUUUAUCCUACAAAUGUGACUUUGUAUUGCACCACAGGUAUUACAAAAGUUGUGUGUGAAGUGUGUGGCCUUGUUAUAUUCAUAGUAGCUGAUUUUUAUGAUGCUAGAAACUAAUAUUACUUUACUAUUUUAUAUUAAAGUUUUUGAUAUAUUUUAUAGAAUUUCAUAGAUCUUGACAGAACUAAAGGGCCCUGAUAGAUAUAGCAAUUUAGAGGUGAGGAAGAUUUAGUAGGUCCUUCAGAACCAAGGGACAGAGCUGUGCUCAUCCUAUGUGUCUGCUAAUAUCACUAGAACUUCUGAUAAUCAAAUGAAAUUGAGAAUAUUAAGCAGGAGGAAAAUCUGAAUAAGAGAGAAAAAAAAAGUAGCAGGUGAAAUAUAAAAAAAAUUGUAAGGCUACCCAGGAGUGGUCAGUAUGUACCAGUUAAUCAUCUCAAUGAACAGUUUCUAGAAGAAUAUCCAGAAUGUUACUCUGACUUUUACCCUUCGAAUAUGACUUUGUAUUGCUCCACAGGUAUUGUGUGUGAUGUGUGGUGAUCUUAUAUUCAUAGUACCUGAUCUCUAUAAAGAUACUAGACUAUGAUAUUACUAACUUUGAUGUAAAGUUUUUAUAUUUAUAAAAUAUAUCUUGAGAAAUGUA